AUGUCACUCUUUUUCAAGGCCCCUCUUGACAUUGAAAUACGUCUUGAUAAUGAAGAAUCACGCAAACACGUAGAUGUGAAGACUCCGCAAGGGAGACUCGAAAAGCUUCCGAUAUAUAAGGACGGUGAAUCGGUGAAGGGGACUGUCACUGUAAGAACCAGAGAUGGGAGGAAGGUCGAGCACUUGGGUAUAAGGGUACAGUUACUAGGAUCAAUUGAGACGAAUAUUGACGGUGUGGUACUGGAUGAUUUUCUUUCGUUGGCAACUGAGUUGGCUGCUCCUUCUCAGUUGACCCAUCCAGAGACAUUCCCAUUCGAGUUCAAGAAUGUGGAGAAGCAAUACGAAAGUUAUAGGGGAAAGGCCGCUAGAUUGAGGUACUACAUCAAGGUGUGCGUGAAUAGAAAGUCGGGCUCCGAAAUCACGAGAGAAAAGGAAUUGUGGGUGUACCAAAUAGUCAACAGUACUGGAACCACGGCGGUGAGUUCCACUGCUUCGGCUGUAGUCAAGACUACUCCAGAUGGCGACAAGAAGGCAGCCGGCACAGGAUCGAGAACUGGAGGAGGAGCUGGCACUGGUGCUGGUGCAGUGACGGCCACAGGAACGCCGAUACCUACCACUGUCAAAAUGGAUGUGGGGAUUGAAGACUGUCUUCACAUCGAAUUUGAGUACCUGAAGUCGAGAUUUUCCUUGAAGGAUGUGAUAGUGGGAAGGAUCUAUUUUCUACUUGUGAGGUUGAAGAUCAAGCACAUGGAGUUGUCGUUAAUCAGGAGAGAAACCGUUGGUGCCCCUCCGAAUCAAAUCACCGACAGCGAGACCGUCGUGAGGUUUGAGAUUAUGGAUGGUGCUCCCGUGAGGGGUGAGGCUAUCCCUAUCAGGCUAUUUUUGGGAGGAUUCGACUUGACCCCGACAUACAGGGACGUCAAUAAAAAGUUCAGCGCUAGGACGUACCUAUCGUUGGUGUUAAUUGAUGAGGACGCCAGAAGGUAUUUUAAGCAAAGCGAGAUUAUACUUUAUAGAGAUCAGUAG